UUUAAAUAUUCUUCUUCCAUAUUCGGACAACUUUGCCACUUUGUGUCAUUUUUACAAUUUAUUUAAUUUUUAUUUAGACGACCUGCGGGUGAUUUAAAAGGCUUAGUUUGGCUUUGCUACCAUUAGCUAUAGCUAGCCGAAUCCUACCCUAUAACACAAAAGCUGCCUUGUUACGUCGUAUGCCACAAUUAACAAAUAAUUGGCAUAAAGGCUGGGCAAUGCGGCCUUAAAUUAAAAACACUGCUUAUUUUGUGGGGUUCAUUAUUUCGUACAUGCCAGGUGCAUGGUGUAACUGAUUUGUGAUUUGCCCCGCUUUGUUUUGCUGUCAUCUUAUGGCCAGUUGCAACUUUUUAGCAGGGGCCUAAAUUAAAAGAAAAUUUCGCCUUCCACAAAGGGGUUGGGCCCCUAUCCUUCGGAAAUACUGGGGGGUUCACCGAAAUCGCCCAGCCCUAAUUGAACUAAUUAGACAUGUCACUAUUUGUUAAGAAAAGGCGCGCCCAGCACGCCGUCUUGUCCAUUGCGGCGGUGGUUAUCCUCCUUGGAAUCCCCCUGUGGUGGCGGACCACCGCCACAUACCGCGCCUGGUUGCCAGUUGCUCAGAUUCAAGAGCUGGCUAAGAUGCAGCUCCUUCUGAGCGCUGACGUGGAGGUGGUGUUUGCACGUGGGACACUGACCCCGGAACAGCAGAAGAAGAUUCCUGUGACGCACACUCAUGAUGAGGAGCACACUAUUGACGGAGGCACUUCUUUGACAUACAGAUAUGAGAUGCGUUAUCGCACAGCGACCAUCAUGGAGGAGGAUGCCCUGAACCAGCCCACUGCUGCUGCGACCGAUCUCUCCUUGAACACACUCAGCGAGAGUCCGUGUGGUUCUUUGGUGGUCUAUGUGAUCCCAAAAUCCUCUUCGCUGCUGCCUCAGGAAGUGGGCGUGUACGUGGGCCGACGGCGGACGGCCUUGCUGCGCAUGGAUGUUGAAAUGAAGCCGGGCAAGACACUGGAUCAAGUGCUGGGUGGUGUGGAGUCGUCGGUGAAGAAGGUGCUGCAGGUGAUGUCGUUCAGCCACGGCGACAUCAUGGCCGCCCUCAGCGACAGAGUACGCCUGAGCCCGGGAAGCACACCGAUCAAAACUGACAGCAUGAGAGCCUUGAAGUCCAGUCCGGGUUACGAGAUCACUUUCAGCCUGCUGAAUCCUGACCCAAAGUCACACCGCGUUUACUGGGACAUAGAGGGCGCUGUCAGCACUUACAUUCAGCCCCUGCUCUCCAAACUGAGCCCCGUAGCCAAUUUUAGCGUGGACUCACAGAUGCUCCACUACGCCAUGCUGGGCGUCACCUCGCACUUCGACGGCGGCCACGGUGCGUACACGCUGAGCGCCAACAGCCUGACGCACGUCAUCAACCUCGUGGAGGCUCGACUGGUUUCCAAUGCCGCCUCAUCCAACCCGCUGCUCAACUUUUUGCUCUACGUGCCGGACGCGCAACACUCGCCGCUGCGAAUCCUCGAUCAUCAGAAGCGACAGGUCUCCUCCAAUGCCUUUCACUCACCGCACUGGGGCGGAAUUAUGGUGUACAAUGUAAAUGGCUUCUAUGGACCGGAUGCUACCUUCCCCGUUGACAUCCACGUCAACAUGGCCGAAGUAAUGGGCGUCUUCCUCGCACAGCUACGUCUGUUGCUGGGCGUGCAGCCCUCAGCGCCUCCUGACGGCUUCCUGGUGGCGCCGCCCGGCAGCUCGGGGCUGUCCGACUGGGAGCUGGACCGCCUCAUGUGGAGCCGCAGUGUGGAGAACAUCGCCACGGCGACCACCUCCAUCACGUCUCUGGCGCAGCUGCUGGACCAGAUUGACAACAUUGUGAUCAACGACAAUGUCGCUCAGCAGGUGUCGAGCGCCGUGGCGUCGCUGCAGCUGGCGGCAGCCGAGCUGGAGUCGGGUAACCUGGAGUUUGCCCUGCAGUACAGCAAGGAGGCCGUCCUGGCCUCGGAACAAGCCUUUUUCGACCCUUCGCUGCUGCACCUUCUCUAUUUCCCCAACGACCAGAAGUUCGCCAUCUACAUCCCGCUGUUCGUGCCCAUCACCAUGCCCAUCCUGUUGUCGUUGCUCAAAAUAGCAUCGGAUUUGCGCCGGAAGCGCAGGGACAAGCAGGCCAAGAAGGACUAAAGCAGUGAGAAUUAUUAUUAUUAUUAUUAUUAUUUUUACUUGAAUGCACACCAAAACAAGCAAAAAUCAGAAGAAAAAAAAGGAUGUCCUGUACAUACUUUUUUUUGGACAGCAAAGCGACUGUGACUGUUCAACUCUACUACUGGAAGCUUGUUAAUAAGGCCAUUUUUAAAUAUUUGAAUGUGUUCUCUAAUUUAUUGAAAAUUUUAAAAAGGCUACUUUCA